AGAUCUUUGUCCAGAUAUUUCGUAAAAAGAUUGGACAAUUUCGUACAUGUGGGUUCAAUAACACGUACACAUUUGUUACGGCAACUGUUGCUGUUGUUUGCCUUAGAGAGAAAGAAAAGGAGAGCGACUCAGUCAGUCCCCACCAUUUUUUUUUUUUUUUUUUUUGGUUCUGUUGGUUUUAAUGUUACGUACUAUGUAGUAAAAUUCUGUGCCUUUUAACGUCCCUUACUUAUGGAAGUUCCAGUAAUUCUAUCCAUCCUUUUGGCCCCACAUUGUCCUCAUUUUAUUCUCCUUCUCAUGUAUUUCUUGAUCUGAUCUUCUUCUAAGAUUCCCAUAUGAUGCUCUUCUCAUGCUAAAACUAUCUUUUAUUCAAUCUUAUAAUAUCAGUUUACUCAUUAUCUUGAUUUUCCACACUGAUUUUCCUUAAAGGGCAUUGCAAAAGCAUUUCAUAAUAGGUUCUUGCAUUCUGGAUAAUGGAAAAUUUGCUUCUUCUAUAGCAGCCUGUUUUGUUUCUCUUUCUUGCAUCAAUAUUGAAUUUUGACAUUUAAAAAUCCGUUCUUGAAUUGUAAUUUCAUGUGGUCUUGCUCAUUGCUACUGAUUUCCAGUCAAAAGAACCGAUCAUUUGAGGUGGGCUGAUUGAUUGUUGUGGGUACUUGAGGAAUUGUUCUGCAACUUGAUAUAGCUUUGGUGGAAGAGAAUUUGGGUUUGCACUAGUGAGCAUUCUUGGACCUGGAACGGUCUCGUGAAUAAUGAAAUGGUUCCUCUCUGGAAACGAUUACUCAAAUUUUGUGUAGUUUAUAAGUUCGACAGUUACUAAUCUAGUAUACAUAUAGUAAGUGUCCGACAUUAGUGGCUUCGCCCUUCAAGUUGCUGAAGCCCUGACAAACAAUAGGAUGAACGUAGGAAAAGAUGAAGAGAGGGGUAUGGAUCCUCUGUUUCCUAGAUUACAUAUAAAUGAUGCAGAUAAAGGAGGUCCAAGAGCACCUCCAAGGAACAAAAUGGCUCUUUGUGAACAGUCGUCCAGAUCACCUCAAAGGUUAACCUCUACUUCUGCUCCUGCCCCUGGAACAAUGUCAAUGCUGCCUCUCCCACCUAAUCGUGGAAACUCUAUUCCUGCAGCAUCUUCUAGUCUUGUUGGUUGCAAUAAAAGGAGUUUGUUUUCCCACAAUUCAUCUGAGUCUUCUCAUUUUGUUGAGAUACUUCAUCCGUAUUCUUCUGGUGGGACGAACUUUACAAUGAGACGUCCUGAUAUACAACCAGUGAAGUCACUGAAUCCUCAAGUUUUAUGUCUUAAAGGGAAUUUGCGUGGUCCAUCUCAGUUUAAUCCUAUUCAGCCACAGAGUUUAUCAUACUCCAACAGUAACCCUUCUGCAAACAAGUUUGGAAGGGAAAAUGAUUUUUUUGGUCCACAGUUCGUCGCAUCAGGGAAACCUAUAUAUCAUGGUAACAUCCAUAAAAGUGCGGACAAAGAAAAAAUGGCUAUAUCAAGCUCCAAACCAUCCUUGAAAUAUCAAGGCGUUUUCGAAAAACAAUUUAAGGAUACAGGCAGUAUGCAACUAAAGUGGAGCGAGCAUAGUGCCAAACUUCCUGCUCCUCAUCUGUCAACUGUAGAGAAGAUAGUGGUGCGUCAAGCUCCAAGUCCAGGACGCAGUGAGCUAAAUAUCAAAUCACUUGUAUCAAGUGCUCCGGAAAAUAGAUGUGGUCUGGUUGGUGAUUUGAAUAGAUGUAGUGAUUCUAAUUCUGAAUCUGAUGAAGACUCUUGGAUUAUGCACAAAAGGAAGGCAGCAGAAGAUGUUACAUAUGUGAAGCAAGAAGAUGCCACGACAAAUAGACAUGCUUCCGUAGUGGAAGGUCCGUCGUGUUCCUUUCUGCCUCACGGGGACAACCAUCAGAGUCCGAAGAGAGUUAAAUCCUCAUCUGACUGCCCUGAAGGACUAAGUAGUGGGCCUCCAGAAGUAGGAGGCAGGCACAGAAGUGAAGGAAUCUCAGAAGCUUCGUCAAACUCUAGAUUAGUAGAAAAAUUAUCUUCAGAUAAUGUCAUAGCAUUGAUAGGUCAAGAACUAUUUUGGAAAGCAAGACGAACCAUUGCACACCAGCAACGGAUUUUUGCAAUGCAACUAUUUGAGCUACACAGGCUGACAAAGGUACAGAAAAUGAUAGCCCGAUCACCAGAUAUUUUGUUGAAAGACAACUUCUGCAUCCACCAACCUUCUAUCAAUUUUUCUUCCUUGAAGAAUUUGCCAUGUGAUGAGGUUAUUGAACCUCCUGUAGUGGCUGUUGAACAAAAGAUUUCUCCAAAACCAAACAAUUUUGAGCAUCCAGCAGAUAAUGCUUAUCUUCCGCUACCCAAAGAUAAUGACAAAAAGAAUAUACCACAGCUGUCAGCUCAAAAACCAAAUGUAGGGCCAGUACCAACAUCGAGAUCUUUUGUAUCCGAUCCAAAAUUAGCACCUCGGUGCUACCAACCACCUCCUGGAUAUCAGUGGUUAGUUCCAAUAAGGUCACCUUCUGAAGGACUUGUUUAUAAACCUUAUACAGGACCUUGUCCACCACCUGGAGGAAUUAUCGCGCCAGUUUAUGGUAGUUCCCGGCCUGCUACACUAUCUCCCACUGGUGGAGAUUUUGCGAAUGUGCCUUAUAGUGUACAGACUUCUCACAAGCAAGGUGUUGGGAUUUUUCCAGGUCCUGCAAUAUUUGAUCAGUCCUGCAUUCAACCUUAUUCCAUGCCUGUGAUAAAACCAUCUGCUUCAAGUUCUGCUAUCGAGCAAAUGAAUCCGUUUUCACGAAUUAUGUCAAGUGAGAAGGAGAAUAGUCCAUUUAUGCCUCGUAAAAAAACAUGCAACAUAUCAUGCCAGAAGAGCGCGGUCAUGUCAGAUUGUGACAGAACUUUUCAGGCCAGUAGAGGGAGUGAUAUGCAAGUAAGUACUGCAAAUAGUCCUCCUGAGAGGGCACAAAAGGAUGCACUUUCUCUUUUUCCUAUCACACCAACUGCAAAAGGUUCAGAUCAACCAGUCCAAGAUAACAAUGCGGUGCAGCGAAUUCAAGUGAUCAAGGUUGUGCCCCAUAACCCAAAGUCAGCAUCUGAAUCUGCAGCUCGAAUUUUUAAGUCUAUACAAGAAGAAAGGAAACUGAAUUACUAGUAUCCAAAACCUAACAACUUUAAUCUUGUAAGAAAAGCCCUUUCUGCUGUAUGUUUUCCUUUAUCUAAAUUUCUUUCAUUUUUUAGCUUCCUUCUUGGAUUAAAGGUUCUUUACUGUAAAUAUAUUCAAUGGAAAGUGAAAAGCAACACAGGUUCAUUCUUUUUCUACAA